CCUCUCUUCACUUGCUUUUGUGUUCACUUUUCUUUGUUCUCUAUUAUUGUUUAUAAUUCAGAAAAGUCGAAUACACCUAGCUACUUCUUCGAUCGAUAUUGAUUUCUGUCCAUACUUCAACCAAUAAACAAAGAUAGGACCCAGAAAACCACCCAUAAGACUAGAAACCAUGCGAAAUCUCCAAUCCCUUCGUCUCCAAUUGUUGUUUUGUACACUAUUUACAAUUGGUUUAGUCACUCUUCUGAUGAUCGAUGCUUUUGUCUUAGAAAAUAACAGUGAAGCCAAAACCGCAAAAGAGAUCACUGCUGCUAAGACGAUUAACAACUCCAUUGUACAUGCUAAGGAAGUACAACAAGAACUUGAAGAUAGACCAAGCAAUGGCGAUCUUAUCUACGCUGGCAGCAAAAGAACAGUGCCUCGUGGACCUGAUCCUAUACACAACAGGAGAGCGGGAAAUUCAGGACGACCACCGGGAAGCGCAUAAGUACGGUGAAAGCUUGGGGAAGAAGCAGAUAGAAGUAUUUAUUGGCAAAGGUUUUGUAAUGCUGCUAGAUUCUCUUUUCCUUUCGUUUGGGAUCGAAUCUUUUAAAUAUGCUCAAAACAUUU